AUGAGUGAGAGGGAGAAUGACAACUGUCCGUCCACAACCUCCGGUCAUUUGGCCAACACUAAUUUCCCCACCCCUAAGCACACUCAAAGGCAAGGCGCGAAGAAGCUCAAGCUACUUCUACGUCUACUCCAACCGAAACGUCUUGUGCCAUCAAAGUCACCACCACCAGAAUGGCACCGGACACGGAACAGCCACCCCUCUCGGAGGCACCAAUCAGUCGCGCAGCGUCCACCAACAUCCGGUCGCCUCGAAAUCCUCACUCUGGAAGCUGCUUUCAAGAAGGGCUUCAUGCUGCAUCAUAUCGCAUGUCAUGUCGAGCGACAAAGUGUUCCGUGGGAGUCAAUCACUACUACGGACCACUCAGGAGGAAGCUGCUAG